UAACGAUAAUUGGCUUUGAAUUGCGCUUUGGAAUUCAUCUACACCUAAAAUGCCACCAGCAGUGGGAGGUCCAGUUGGAUACACACCCCCAGAUGGAGGCUGGGGGUGGGCCGUGGUCGUUGGCGCUUUCAUUUCCAUCGGCUUCUCUUACGCAUUUCCCAAGUCUAUUACAGUGUUCUUCAAAGAAAUUGAAGGUAUAUUCCAUGCCACCACCAGUGAAGUGUCAUGGAUAUCCUCCAUUAUGUUGGCUGUCAUGUAUGUUGGAGGUCCUAUCAGCAGUGUCCUGGUGAAUAAAUGCGGCAGUCGUCCAGUCAUGAUUGUUGGUGGCCUCUUGUCAGGCAGUGGCUUGGUUGCAGCUUCUUUCUGUAAGAGUGUACAACAACUUUACUUUUGUAUUGGAGUCAUUGGAGGUCUUGGUCUUGCCUUCAACUUGAAUCCAGCUCUGACCAUGAUUGGCAAGUACUUCUACAAGAAACAGCCGUUGUCAAAUGGAUUGGCCAUGGCAGGCAGCCCUGUGUUCCUCUCUACCCUAGCCCCCCUCAAUCAGGCUUUCUGUAUCUAUGGCUGGAGAGGAAGCUUCCUAAUUCUCGGGGCGUUCCUACUAAACUGUUGCGUGGCCGGAGCCCUGAUGCGAUCGAUAGGGCCCUCAGCAACCAAUGCAGAGAAAGACAGGUCUAAACAGACCUUUCAUGAAGUUGGAAAAUCUGAUGCAAAAAUAGUGGCAGGUGAUGCAAAUACAGAUCUUAUCGGAGGAAACCCCAUAAAGGAGAAACCAUCAGUCUUCCAAACAAUUAAUAAAUUUCUGGACUUGUCCCUGUUCACUCACAGAGGCUUUUUGCUGUACCUCUCUGGAAACGUGAUCAUGUUUUUUGGAUUAUUUGCUCCUUUGGUCUUUCUUAGUAGUUAUGGCAAGAGUGGGCAUUACUCUAGUGAGAAGUCUGCCUUCCUUCUUUCCAUUCUGGCUUUUGUUGACAUGGUAGCCAGAACUUCUAUGGGACUUGUAGCCAACACAAAGUGGUUAACACCUCGAGUUCAGUAUUUCUUUGCUGCCGCUGUUACUGCAAAUGGAGUGUGUCACCUGCUAGCACCUUUGUCGUCCAGCUAUACUGAGUUCUGUAUUUAUGCGGGAUUCUUCGGGUUUGCAUUUGGGUGGCUCAGCUCGGUAUUGUUUGAAACACUGAUGGACCUCGUUGGACCCCAGAAGUUCUCCAGUGCUGUGGGAUUGGUGACCAUUGUGGAAUGCUGUCCUGUCCUCCUGGGGCCACCACUUUUAGGUCGUCUCAAUGACAUGUACGGAGACUACAAGUACACAUACUGGGCCUGUGGCGGGGUUCUGAUUGUCGCGGGCAUCUAUCUCUUCAUUGGCAUGGGCAUCAAUUACCGACUUGUGGAAUAAGAACAGAAAGCAGAGAGGCAGCAGAAAAAAGAAAGUAAAGAGGAGGAGACCAGUGUAGAUUUUGAGAAGCCAAAAGAAGUUACCUACGCAGCAGACGCUCCAGAGCAGAAAGGCUUAGCAGGAGGCCCCAAAGAGGAGGAGAGUCCAGUCUGAACACGUCGGGCCGAAGGGUAAAUGGAGCAGCUUGCGACCCAUGAUAUCUGAAAAUGUUCUACUGGCCUGUGAUCUGUCUCCCAGUGGUGCUCAAUGCGAAUAGUGGACAUUUGUGUGGAAAUCCUCCCAGGUGUUCCUUCAUGGAAUUUUUGUUUCACUCCUUACCAGUAGCCUGAAUUAAAAAUACCAUAUCCUUUGGAGAUGGAAUGGUUGGCAAAGAGUGAGGAAAGGAAGUCGGGUAUUUUUUUUUUUUUUUUUUUUAAUCUUAGCUUUUAACAGUGUCAUGAAGAUUGCAAUAU